AUGAACCCCGUUAACUUCUACGACGUCGAUGAGUCCCUCCAUACCUCCAUACCUCCAUAUGCCAGGCUUAUGUUUUACAUAUUCAUUAUUGCGUAUUUCUGCCGUGGAAGAAGGGCUCCGGCCGUGGGUUUAAGAGAGCCUCAAAACCUUGCCCAACUCAACGUCACAAGUUUUAUCAGCCCGAUACUGCUCAAUCCUCACUCACGGUGUCCACUGCUACGGAUUACGCCGCAGGAGCUUAGCCCACUUCUCCGACAAGCUUCACUGGGCAAUGGCCUAUCCAUUUUAAGUGGUGACAUCGGAAAUACUGGAAAUGCAUUCGUUGGCCAUCGCCCAUCCUCCGCCAUAAACCGCUCCCGCAGCUCGUCCAGAGCAAUGGACGCUUACCCGCCUGACUACGUGGACCACAACCUCCCGCUCAUUCUGCUCUCUGGCCUCGGAUCUGAUCCUGAAGCUAAUUCUCAGGACGGGAUCACACCAGAUGAUGGCGUUGAGUAUCCUCACCUACGGGAAGGCGGCGUCGAGAUAUUUUCCGAUUUCCCUCUCCUGACCGAUUCGACGGCGGAGAGAGUACUGAAUGCUCUCCUCAGCCAGGAUGCAACGCACAGGCCUUGGAAUGCUAGGGCCGGGGAUGUUGGGUAUAAGAUUAAGAGGGUUGGGCGGACUUAUACUCUGCCUCCCCGUAAAGGUCCCGUUCUGCCCAGGUCGCCCCUAUCUAGCAAUGUUUCGGGUGCACCUAGCAAUACCGCUGCUUCUCCCAUCGUGCUUCACUCACCGAUAUCUCCCCUGACACCCAGUUCCCCAACAUUUCCGGACGGGAUCAUGACCCCACAAUGGGUGACGAAACACCAGGCAUUGAUCCCCUCAGCCUUCAUCAAUUUCUUCCCAUUCACGACUGAUACGAACAUGGCCUCCCUUGGUGAUAACCAAUUGAAGAUAGAAAUUAACAGUUUACGGAAGAAAUGGGCGGCAUCCGGGUACAAGACACGGUUCAUUGUUGCUUUGCUUUGUGACGAUGGGCCAUUACCAGAAGAUGCAAAUGAUCGGAUCGCCGGUAUCAGGAUGGCGACAAACCUUGAUACGAAAAGUAUUUUCGUUGUCCAACCCGAGCCAUCACAGUUAGAUAUCAGCGAAUUUAUCAAAGCUCUCUUCGCCAAUUUGCGAGGCCCAAGCGUUGAGUACUAUAGGGAUCUCUCGAAGCAUGCCAGACGAAAGAAAAAUCGAGGCACCAUCCCUCCCCCCACUGCACCACCUACCAGCGGGACUUCACAGACUUUGCCGCUCCAGGGCUGGAAUGUUCGAUACGACUUUAAACUUGGCGUUUUUGCUGAAUUUCGUCAAGAGAUGGACGCUGCGUGCCGUAGUUACGAGGCUGCCUACGAAGGGCUGUUUGGUGAAGAAGUCUUCGAAAUGAUUGCAGGGUGGAGCCCUAGGUUUAACGAUGCGCGAAUGCUUGCGGAUAUUCUUUCAAUUCGAAUCAUUCGUUGUUUAUUAUGGACUGAGCAGACUUCAUCUGCAGUCCACAUAUGGAGUACACACAAAAGUCGUGUCAAAGAUAUUGUAGAUCGUCGUGGUAAAGGGACGAACAAUUAUGGAUGGGAGGCAUGGCAAGCCAGAUGGUCUCUGGUGAUGGCCCAGAUUAUGCAUCAGGCGGAAAUAUCAUCUCUAAUGGUCCCUGAUCUUCUGGGGUCGGUUCCUGACCUCCACAAAACAAUAUACGCUAUGCCCGAGAAAGGAAUUCCGGCUGGCGGGAGGAUACAGCCGUGGGAAUAUCUCCAUCAUGAGGGCUACUGGUACCGUUGUGCUGCCCAACAUACCGAGCGCAGGAGACAGCUUGCGGAGAAUAUUCCAGAUGAGGACCGAGUCGCUCCCACGCAACCUACCGGCUCGUCAUCACUGAGUAGGGCCACUGUUUACGAUAACUAUCUCGCUCCUGAACCUUAUAAUGAAUAUCCCAUAUCUGACCACCCAGGGCUCGCCCAUUCUAAAUUGAUUCUUGGUUUCCUCGAAUCGUCAACAGAGGAGUUCUCCAAAAGGCAGCAAAAUCGCAUUGUAGAACAGCUAAGGCUAAAAAUGGCGAAGGAGCAUAUGAGAAUUGGACAAUGGAAAGAUGGAUUGGCUCUCAUACAGCCUUUAUGGCUGCAGCUAUCAUGGCGGAGGGAGGGCUGGUGGGGGCUGAUGGAAGAUUUUGCUUGGACACUACGAGAAUGUGCCGUACAAGCCGAAGAUAGAGAGACUGUUUUGCGGGUAGACUGGGAGUUAAUGAACCAUAUUGCGGCAUCCUUUGUCUUCGCCAAAUCGGAAGGCAAUGUGGGAGAGCCCCUACAGUCCCAGCUUGUUAUCAGGUCAUGUGCUCAUGCUGGAUCUUCGCCAAUUCGCUUGACGGAGGUAAGAGUUGCCUUUGAAGGUAAUAUUCGUCCUAUUAAGCUUCUAGCAAGUGAAAAUGAAUCUUCCAGCUCUUCCAGCGGUUGUGAGAUCGUACCUGUUUCGUUGCAAGAUUCUGUAAACUUGGAGGCUUCAACCGUGCAAUCGCCAGCUGCUGGGUUGCCUCUGAUGGUCGGGGUUACCAACCUCUCAUUUGGCCCGAAGCAGACACGGGCGUUCAACCUUGUGUUGGUGCCACGAGAACCAGGUGAAGCACAAGUGGCGUCAAUUACAUUACGAAUCGAACAAGAAAAUUUCGAUCUGUCCUGCGUUAUUAGUGAACAGAAUCGAGAUGAGUCGGUCUGGUGGAGAAUGGGGAAGCAAGGGCCCAUUUCCCGGAGGACAGGAAAGGACAGAGAUACUUCAGUAUCACGGAUCUUGCCGAAACCCCCGAAAGUCCGCAUCUCGACGCCGAGGUCACGGAAUCACUAUUACACGGAUGAGAAGGUUAUGCUUGAUGUUCAGAUCGAUAACGACGAAGACGACGCGGCUGAGGUUGACGUUGAGAUCAAGUUGUUUGGAUACACUGAAACCUCGGCAACUUUUUCAUGGAUUAAUGAGACGGCUAGUGACUCAAUAGCAGCCGAGGAUGCAAGCCCUAGUUCUCUUAAUACCCCUAUUGAGGGUGGUGGCUCUUCGACCCUCUCAAAAAGACGUACAGUUGGGACAUUGGCUCGUGGAGCCAGCCGCACUCUUUCCAUCCUGUUCACAAACACGACAUUGCCACUAGAUUAUGAGGUUGAAAUAUCCGCCUUCUAUCACCUAGUUUCCGAUGUUGAGACGAAAAUAUUCAAAACUGUUUCCUUAGACCUAUCCUUUAUUAGACCGUUCGAGGCCAAUUAUGAAUUCUUACCACGAAUUCAUCCAGCACCGUGGCCAGAUUUCUUCCACUACGACGAUUCACCAUCGGAAGAUAAUGAAGAACAGGAGCAGAAGCACAAUGGCCUUCAGCAAUUAUGGUGCUUAAACUCGAAAAUAGUGUCAUUCGCUUUAGAACCACUUACCAUCGAAGAAGUCAACGUGUCGCUGCUAGGGAUCACGGCUGGUAAUGUUUGCAGAAUCGGCACAGAAACUCUUAAAAGCCCUGAAGCCCCUACGAUUGGGCCUGAAGGGUUGCGAGAAUCUGAAUUCACCAUGGAAAUCCAACGCCUUGCGCUUAAUAACCGGCAGCCAUCGACCUUAAAUCUUGCACUGGAUAUACGAUGGCGCCGCCCCGACGACGACGACAACAAUGACCAACAAUCAUCAUCUUCAUCCCAAUCAACGAUAUCAACACUUCCGAUCCCCCGCUUCCUCGUCCCCCUCGUUGAGCCCCGCGUCCUCGCCCACGCAACGCCGUCCGCAACUCUUCCCGGCUUCCUGCACCUCGACUACACUCUCGAAAACCCCUCAAUGCACUUUCUCACCUUCAACAUAACAAUGGAAGCCAGCGACCAGUUUGCGUUUCAUGGACCCAAGGCCACGACGUUGCAACUGGUGCCGCUCAGCAGACAUACGGUGAGGUAUAACUUACUAGCCAAUGUGAGGGGCAAGUGGAUACAGCCGCAGUUGGUAGUGGUGGAUUCGUACUUUAACAAGACGUUGAGGGUGUUGCCCACAGAGGGGAUGAUGGGCGAUAAGAAGGGCAUUUUGGUGUGGGUUGAUGCGGACGGGUGAGAGGGAUGGUAUGCGCGUUGUUCAAGUUGACGAUACAUAUUCGGGAAUCUGCGGAAGACCAAAUCACUGAGGCAAAGAAUUUACUCGAUAUAUUGCUUUUUGUCAUAUCCAUAGGUAGUGCGUCCUUUGU